AUGCGCAACCCAGUCACUGGUGCGCCCGCACACCGCGUCAAGAAGGUGUUCGUCGAGAUCGACAGCGACGACGACGACGACGUGAUGGAGUUCGUCGACAACAAGCAGCCCGAGCUCCAGGACAUGUUCAGGCAGCUCGAGAGAAAGCUGCAGUUGCGGCACAAGGGCAUUCAGGCCGCGGGGAGCCUCGAAACAGGCAUCUCGAAGGACCCGGCGUUCUUCAUGGCGAAGCUCCGGGAGCGCGCCGUCAGCGCGCUGGGCGGCGGCGGAGGGGCUGGAGAUACUUCGGACAAGGACACCCGGCGCGUGAAGUUUGAGACGCGCGCAGUGUCUGGAACCGACCCGUGA